UAAAAUAUAUGAUUCCGUCGAGUCCGUCAUUGGAAUUAAAAGAAUAAAAAAAUGGCCGCGUUUGGUAUGUGCGAAACACCCGGUUGCAAAUCUAUUGCACAAUUACAAUGCCCGACGUGUAUUAAACUUGGUAUACAGGGUUCAUUCUUCUGCAAUCAGGAUUGUUUCAAGAAAUCGUGGAAAACGCACAAAGUUAUCCAUUCGUUGGCGAAGGGCGAGUCGACAGAUGGCUCGAAGGUUGAGUACAAUCCUUGGCCUUCAUACAAUUUCUCGGGGAAGUUGAGGCCGCACCCGCCGGGGCCGAAGCGGACGGUACCGCCGCAUAUAGGUCGCCCUGACUACGCUGACCACCCGACCGGUUUCCCCGCGUCUGAGAACGCCGCGAAAGGCUCUGGACAAAUUAAAGUGCUAGACGAUGAGGAGAUCGAGAGUAUGCGCGUCGCCUGCCGCUUGGGAAGGGAAGUGUUGGAUGAAGCUGGAAAAGCUUGUGCAGUUGGUGUGACGACGGAUGAAAUUGACCGUGUAGUCCAUGAGGCCUGCAUUGAGAGAGAAUGCUAUCCGAGCCCACUCAACUACCACAACUUCCCUAACAGCUGCUGCACUUCUGUUAAUGAGGUUAUCUGCCAUGGGAUACCAGAUACCCGUCCGUUGGAGGAUGGUGAUGUCUGCAAUGUUGAUGUAACAGUCUACCACCGAGGCUUCCACGGAGACCUCAACGAGUCUUUCUUUGUAGGCAAUGUGCCCGAAUCAACUCAGAAACUGGUCCAGGUGACCUAUGAGUGCCUGAUGAAAGCCAUAGACAUUGUGAAGCCCGGCGAGAAGUACCGUGAGAUCGGGAAUGUUAUACAGAAGCAUGCACAGGCCAACGGGUUCAGUGUAGUUAGGAGUUACUGCGGACAUGGAAUACAUAGGCUGUUCCAUACUGCUCCUAAUGUUCCACAUUAUGCCAAAAACAAAGCAGUAGGUGUGAUGAAGCCAGGACACUGCUUCACAAUCGAGCCAAUGAUCAACGAGGGCAGCUGGCGCGACGAGCAGUGGCCGGACCACUGGACUGCUGUCACCGCUGACGGUUCUCGCUCCGCUCAGUUUGAACAAACCCUGCUAGUAACAGAGACCGGGUGCGACAUCCUCACCGCGCGCGGCACCGGCCGACCCUGGUUCAUGGAUCAGCUGGAGAAACUCAACGCUAACUCUUAGUCUAACCGCAAGCCAACAGUUCUCAAAGUCAGUAUGUCAGCACAUUCGAUUUUGGACCGUAAUACCAUGUGUUUAAGGUGUUUUUGUUUUAAAUACAAUCAAGCAAAGCAAAAGGCCCAUUUACAUGGUGCGAAUUUCUCGCCUCGACCAUGCGAUUAUCGUAGCACGAGAAUAAAUAUGACAUAAUGUAAACUAUACGUACGAUAUCGUACAAGUAGGGGCGAUAAUCUCCUCGCCUCUGACGAUUGGAUGUCUCCGUGUAAACAAAACUUAAAUGCGAGAAUCGUAUUUCGAGUUUAUUUAUAUGCUUCAGUCGUCAUCAUGAGUGCAUUGCAAGAGGCUGUUCUGAUUGUGUCGGUACUUUAUACGUUUUAAAUUAUACUUUUACAUUUUAAAUGUUUUAUUAAUCGCCAAUACGCACAACAAAAUUUUUCUUUGGAGGUACUUGAAUGCUGCUAACUAUUUCCCGCAAACUUUUUUUUCUUAAGGGCAACGUCACGCCAUUUCCAAUAUUAAAAUAAAUGCAACUUAAAUUAUAUUAAAAUCAUUACAUUAAUUUGUUUUUGAUAAAAAAAAAACAAUUUUUGACAGAAGAUAUUAUCGCUGACUGUACUUUUCUUUUAACAGACAACUAAUAAAAGCUUGUAAAAAUAAUGUGAGAAAUAAGAAAUAUUAUUACGAAUAUUUACAGUAUACGUAUACCUAGUGGUAAAUGAUUAGCAACUAAUCACGUAAGUUGACUGGCAAAACUCGUAUGAAAAUCGGUUCGGACCGAUUCGUGCGAUACUCGCACGUACGUGAAAAAAUGUCAUACGAGAACGAGUUUAGACUAGUCGAGAAAUCGUAAGCAAAUAUCUCCAUAGAAUGCGGCUCCUCGUGUAAACUAUUUCGCCUGGCGAUAAUCUCCGUGCGAGUUUCGAAUGACAUAAUCGUAGGCGAGUUUAUAUUUCUCGCAUGAAUGUAAACAUAUUUAUACGAUACUCGCCUGGCGAUUAUUGCAUACGAUAAUGUUAUACGAUUUCUCGCCCCAAAACGUGCGAAAAAAUCGCACCAUGUAAAUGGGCCUGGGGUCUGAGUUAUGACAUAAAAAAUUAAUGUAUAAUUUUAAUUAUUUUUUGGAGAGUGUCGUAAUUAUAUUGUAGACAGUUUUCAUAUUAGGUAGAUUUUAUAA